GGUCCAGCAGCAGAUUUGUUUGGACCACGGAGCCGUUCAGUCCCCCUUCACCGGCCCGGCCUUUUCCACACUGAAGGACGCUGUCAGACGCCUGCUGCCGUACCACACCUGCGCUGGUCACCUGCCCACUCAGGAUGACUUUAAUUUAGUGGACCAGGAGUUUGACAGUGUGUCCGGUUUCCUGCUGAAACGCACGAAGGACAUGGUCAACAAAUACAGGCAGCUACUGGUUAGAGAAGCCCAGCAGGAGAGUCCGUCAGCAGAGAUGGUGAUGCUGGAGCGUCUCUUCCUCCAGGCUGAGCGAUGCGCUUUAGCGGAGGACAGACGAAGAGUCCGCAGAGACCCAGAGUCAUUUAUGAUGGCCUUGGCUACGUCAGCAUCUUCCCCCCAUGGCGCCCACUCCUCCGGCCCCUCCCACCUGUGCUCCUCUGGCAGCCCCUCCUCCCCACCAGCCUGGACCAGACUGUCCGACCGGCCCCCGGGGCUGAAGACGUACCGCUCCAGCUCCCGCGGGGCUCUCAGGCUCACCAUCAAGCAGGAGUCCGGCUCCCGCAAAGUGGUUCACAACUCCGCCUGCGACCCGGGACUCAAGAGGGACCACACGGGGCAGCUUACUAACGGCGGCGGAGCUGUGAACGAACGCCACCCUCAGGCACCCAACGGAGCACCCCAGUGCCCUCAGCACGACGAGGAGAUCUCCAACGGAGCUCUGCCCUGUAACACUGCGGAGGAAGUCCCACAGACUGCACCCAAUUCCAAAAUAAAAGCCCCAAAUCCUCUUUCUAUGCCAGAGCCACAGGCCGGUUGCUUCGAGUUGCCUCACAGAGAUGUCAGCGCCCCAAAACUGAAAUGCUACAGGUUGGAUGCGUCGCCUCGGCCGGAGCAGCGGUUCAGCCCGCCGCCUCCCCCCCUCCAAGAGGACAACAUGCUCAGUGAACAUCUACAGAGUGCCAUUGACAGCAUCCUGGAGCUUCAGCGCCUGCAGGGCCCCUCUGCAGCCCCGACCAGGGCCACGUCAGGCCCUUCACUGGACCAGGCUGUCACCAGCAUCCUGGAGGGACACCUGUGA